UUUAUCAAGAUUGUAUUAAAUUAAAAUGAAGCAAGCAUACCUUCUUUGUAUCCUUCUGAUUUGUUCUAUCGCUCACGUAGCGGUCGGCUUAUCACUGAAGAACCAAGCCAUUGAGUUCGACUUCACAAAUGUAGACACUAAGAACAUCCUAAAGGAAGUUACCAAGACUCUGAACCUUGCCGAUCUAAAUAAGGAACAAUUGGAUGUUCUUUUCAAUUCUGUUUCUGAUAAUAUCCCCUUAGUUGAUUCUUUGAUGAAUCCCAGCUUUAGCUUUGGACAGACCUUCUCAGGAUGUUAUGAUUUCUUCCUCUCUCAAGUUUGCUAUACAUUUACUUGGCAAAUGAGACUCGGGUGGAAGGUAUCCCCAGAGUCAGUCGACUUUGAAAGAGUUGCUCUGACUUAUAUUCCAUAUGCUAUUAUGGAAAUUAGUGGUACUUCAACAUCUCAUACUGAAUUCUUCAAGGGAGAUUUAGCUGCAUCCUCAGCUGUUCUGAACAUAUCUUUGCCAACUGCCUUCGAGCUUAACUUGGAUACCAACUCCUUCUGCUAUGAUACUAAAUAUGUGACAUAUCCACCAGGCCCAUUAGUUACUGCUAAAACUGAGGUACUCAGCUGCUUACAAGAUGUAAAGGAAGCAUCUAGAACUGGAGAACUCAACAUCCAAUGUGCUUUCGGAUCACCAUUAGGAUUGACUCUGUUCAAUAACACAAUGGUCGAGCCAGAUACUACCGAUGUUAUCCCUAAAACUUGCUGGGGAUUUAAUAACUUCGUCAACUAAGUAGCUUGUGAGGCAUAUUCAACCAACUUUUU